AUGGCCAAACGCGACAGUAGCGGCGAGGGUCCGCCGUCUGACGCGGAUGCCACGAAAAAGCCUCGCUCGACAGAGCUAGGGGCGAUUGUGACAGAUGAGUUUACUGCUGAAGCGACGCGCGAGGUGCUUGUCGAGGCAGAAACCGAUACAGCGCGCGAUGCCUUGUCGACCAGCGACGCAAUGCUCCAACUUUCGCACUCGGUUCGCCACCAGGUCGCAAUUCCACUUGGCUACGCAUACACGCCACUUUCGCAGCAUAUCCCUAAUGAUCCGCCUGCACGUACGUGGUCAUUCGAGCUCGAUCCGUUCCAGAAAACAUCUGUUUUUUGCAUUGAGCGCGGCGAGAGCGUGCUUGUUUCUGCGCACACGUCUGCUGGCAAGACGAUUGUGGCCGAAUACGCAAUUGCCCAGGCCUUACGCGAUGGCCAGCGAGUCGUGUACACGAGCCCAAUCAAGGCCUUGUCGAAUCAAAAGUACCGCGAGUUCAGCGCUGAGUUUGGCGAUGUUGGCCUCAUGACGGGCGACGUAACCAUUAACCCGAGUGCAUCGUGUCUUGUGAUGACCACUGAAAUUUUGCGCUCGAUGCUGUACCGCGGCUCUGAGAUUAUGCGCGAGGUUGCAUGGGUCGUUUUCGAUGAAAUCCACUAUAUGCGAGACAAGGAGCGCGGCGUGGUGUGGGAAGAGACCAUUAUUUUGCUCCCGCGCAAAGUGCGCUAUGUGUUUCUCUCCGCAACGAUUCCAAAUGCGAUGCAGUUUGCCGAGUGGAUCUGCGAGAUCCACCAGCAGCCGUGCCACGUCGUCUACACCGAUUUUCGUCCCACCCCAUUGCAACACUACCUUUUCCCCCAGGGCGGCAACGGAAUUCAUCUCGUCGUCGACGAAAAGUCUGUGUUCCGCGAGGACAACUUCCAAAAGGCGAUGGGCGCCCUUGCCGACUCGCGCGGCGAUGAUCCUGCGAGUGUCGACGCUGGGAAGGGCAAAAAGGGCGCCGUAAAAAAAGGCGGCGAGAAAGGCGGUCCGUCGGACAUUUACAAGAUUGUCAAAAUGAUCAUGGUGAAGCGGUACAAUCCUGUAAUUGUGUUUGCGUUCAGCAAGCGGCAGUGCGAAGCGCUCGCGCUGCAAAUGUCAAAGCUCGAGUUCAACACAGACGACGAAAUGGAGAUGGUCGCCACCGUGUUCAACAGUGCCAUGGAUGCCCUCAGCGAGGAGGACCGCAAUUUGCCGCAGAUUGAACACAUUCUUCCCCUGCUGCGCCGUGGCAUUGGCAUCCAUCACGGCGGUCUCCUGCCCAUCCUGAAGGAAGUGAUCGAGAUUUUGUUCCAAGAGGGCCUGAUCAAGGUGCUCUUUGCCACCGAGACGUUUAGUAUUGGGCUCAACAUGCCCGCCAAAACGGUUGUCUUUACCGCCGUGCGCAAAUGGGACGGAAAUGAGUUCCGUAACCUCACUUCGGGCGAGUUUAUCCAGAUGUCGGGUCGCGCAGGCCGUCGUGGCUUGGACGAUCGCGGCAUUGUGAUCAUGAUGUUUGACGAGAAAUUAGAGCCUGACGCGGCCAAGACGAUGGUCAAAGGCGAGGCGGACCGUUUGGACAGUGCAUUCCAUUUAGGGUACAAUAUGAUCCUCAACCUGAUGCGCGUCGAGGGCAUGUCACCCGAAUACAUGCUCAAAAAUUGCUUCUUUCAGUUUCAAAACGCGGCUAGUGUCCCUGAGCUGGAGGCACAGUUGGAGGGAGCGGAGCAGGCUCGCGAUGCGAUGAAUGUCCCUGAGGAGGCCGCAAUCUCUGCAUACUACAACAUGAAAAAGACGCUGCACCAGCUGGAAGAAGACAGGCGCGAAGUGGUGCGUCACCCGAGCUAUGCGUUGCCUUUCCUCCAGGCCGGACGACUCGUCCAUGUCCAACACGAGCGGGCCGACUUUGGAUGGGGCGCCGUGGUUGCGUACCAAAAACGCAUGCCAAAAGCCCAGGAAACGCUUCCAACCGCACACAGCUUGUACGUCGUAGAUGUAUUGCUGCACUGUGUGGCUGGGACAGUGGUCCCAAAGCAGCGCGAAUCUGCGCCUUCAUUUUCGGGGAUCGCACCGCCUCGUGAGCACGAAAAAAGCGAGUGGAUUGUAGUUCCUGUCCUUUUGUCCACCAUCCAGGAACUCAGUGGGAUCCGCAUCUUUUUGCAAAAGGAUUUGCGCCUCCGCGAGACGCGCACGCAGGUGGGAAAGAAUAUUGCCGAGGUAAAGCGCCGUUUUUCUAACGGAAUUCCUCUGCUGGACCCUGUCAAAGACAUGAAGAUAGUCGACGAUGGGUUCAAGCAGCUCCUGGGCAAGAUUGAGAUUUUGUCAGGCCGCCUGGCCACCUCGGCGAUUGCGCAAGACAAGGAAAAGCUGGAGACGCUCUACGCGCUGUACGCAAAGAAACAGGAGGCAACCGACGCGGUCGCUGCGCUUAAGGAAAAGAUUGCAGCUGCGCACAGCGUCCUUCAGCUCGACGAGCUGAAGAGCAGGAAACGUGUUCUUCGCCGCCUUGGAUUUACCAACGCAAAGGACAUUGUGGAAAAAAAGGGGCGCGUCGCGUGCGAGAUCAGCACGGGCGAUGAAUUACUACUCACAGAGCUCAUCUUUAACGGCACGUUUAACGAUCUGGCGCCCGAGCAGUGUGCUGCGCUACUCUCUUGCUUUGUGUUUACCGAGCGCAGCGAGCAUCCUGUACGCCUCAAGGAAGAGCUUGCCGCACCAUUGCGUAUUCUGCAGGAUACAGCACGCCGUAUCGCGCGCGUCGCUGUUGAGUGCCGUUUGCCGAUCGUCGAGCAAGAGUAUGUGCAGAGUUUCAAGGUGGAGCUUAUCGAGGCUGUGCUGCAGUGGUGCCAAGGCGCGCAGUUUGCCGAUGUGAUCAAGAUGACCGAUGUGUUUGAAGGGUCAAUUAUCCGAGCCUUCCGCCGCCUGCAAGAGCUGCUGCGGCAAAUGACGCUUGCCGCCAAGGUCAUUGGCAACGAAGAGCUGGAGAAGAAGUUUGCGCAGAGCUUGGCGAAAUUGGAGCGGCCCAACUCGAUUAUCUUCAGCCCGUCUUUGUACCUGUAA